CUGGAGAGGCGGGAGGCGCGUCAAGGUCAGGCUUCGACGCGGUGGCAGGCUGCCUAGGGGCGGGAGACCCUCCUGGGGGGCUGGGCUGCGGCCUCCAGCGCCUCGGCCAUAUUGAACAGCCUCGGCAGAGACGCCCUUGUGAAGUCCGCUCCCGAGUUCCAGGCGCGUCCCCGGUGCCUGGGGCAGAAAGAACCACAGGCACUCCGUGCACCCCAGCUUGGAGCCGGGACGCUACGGCUCCAGCCUGCGGUGGGCUUUGACCUCCUCCCGGCUCACGUUUCACCCUGGAGAUCUUAAAGACCCUCGAGAAGAGCCAUGUGGGGGGCUGGUUCCCCUGGGGGUUCCUCCCGUCCCCCGACUGCUUGAUCCUCUGGAGCGUCCCGGAUGUCUGCAAAGACGUGGAUUUGGACGUCCUCGUGGAAGCCUUGAAGCCCGUGGGGACCUUUAAGAAGAUCGGCAAGGUGUUCCGCAGGGAGGAGGACUCCACGGUGGGGAUGCUGCAGAUCGGGGAGGACGUGGACUACCUGCUCAUCCCGCGGGAGGUCAGGCUGGCCGGGGGCGUCUGGAGGGUCAUCUCCAAGCCCGCGACCAAAGAGGCCGAAUUUCGCGAGCGGCUCACCCAGUUUCUGGAGGAAGAAGGCCGCACCCUCGAGGAUGUGGCCCGCAUCAUCGAGAAGAGCACCCCCCACCCGCCUCAGCCCCCCAAAAAACCCAAGGAGCCCCGAGUGAGGAGGAGAGUCCAGCAGGUGGAGACCCCGCCCCCCCGGCUGGUCGUGGGCACCUAUGACAGCAGCAAUGCCAGCGACAGCGAGUUCAGCGACUUCGAGACCUCCGGAGGCCGCGGCGCCGAGGGCCGGGGAGGCGCGGGCCGGGGAGGCGCGGGGCGGGGCCGGAGGCCGCGCAGGAUGCCCGUCAGCUACUUGGGCAGCAAAUUUCUGGGGAGCGACGUGGAGAGCGAGGACGACGAGGAGCUGGUGGAGGCCUUCCUGCGGCGAGGGGAGAAGAAGCCCAACGUCCAGCCCGUCCGCCGCCGCGUGCCCCUGCCAGUGCCCAUGUUCGAGGACAGCCUGGCACCCCAGCUGUCCAAGGCGGACCGGUGGCGGGAGUAUGUCAGCCAGGUGUCCUGGGGGAAGCUGAAGCGCAGGGUGAAGGGCUGGGCGCCGCGAUCCGGCCCCGUGGUGGGCGAGAACCGGCCGGUGCCCGCAGCAGUGGAGAGGGAGGGGGCAUCGCUGCCCGGCGUUGCCAGCCCGCAGAAUGACGCGGGAAAUGGAGUCGAUGGGCGGGUGCCUGAGCCGCCCCCACGACGGUGGAGGCCCAAGAUCAACUGGGCCUCCUUCCGGCGCCGCAGAAAGGAGGAGGCAACAUCCCUGGCCCAGGGGGCAGAUGUCCCCCCUGACCCGGGGGCAGAAGCUGUGGAUAACCAGAGGGCAGAGGCCAUGGCUGUCCAGGGGGCAGAGGCUGCAGAUAAUCACAGGGUAGAGGCUGUAGCUGACCAGGGAGUCCUGGACCCAACUGUCCAGAGGGCAGAUCCUACAGAUAAUCAGAGGGAAGAGGCCAUAGCUGUCCAGGGGGCAGAGGGUGUGGAUAGUCAGAGGGUAGAGGCUGUAGCUGACCAGGGCACAGAGACCCCAGCUGUCCAGAGGCCAGAGCCUGUAGCUGACCAGGGCUCAGAGACCCCAGCUGUCCAGAGGCCAGAGCCUGUAGCUGACCAGGGCUCAGAGACCCCAGCUGUCCAGAGGCCAGAGCCUGUAGCUGACCAGGGCUCAGAGACCCCAGCUGUCCAGAGGCCAGAGCCUGUAGCUGACCAGGGCUCAGAGACCCCAGCUGUCCAGAGGCCAGAUAACCGGAGGGAAGGGGCCUCCACUGUGGAGGGGGGAGCGGCUGCGUCUGAUGGGACAGCGGCUGCGACUGACCGGGGCCCGGGAGCUGCAUCUCAUCAGAGGGCAGAGGCCCCAGCUGUCCAGGAAGCUGAAGCCUCGGCUGCCCAGGGGGUUCCCAGGGCUCCUCCAGGAGCUAGGGCUCGGAAACAGGUCAAGACAGUGAGGUUCCAGACCCCGGGACGCUUUUCCUGGUUUCACAAGCGCCGGAGAGCCUUCUGGCACACGCCCCGGGUGCCGGCUCUGCCCAGGAGGGCCCCCAGGGCAGGCGAGGCCAGGAGCCUCAGGGUGCUGAGGGCUGAGGCUAGAGCAGAAGUGGAGCAGGGAGAGCAGGAAGACCCGCUGUGAGGUGAGGGUGGGCUGUGGGACACCCCCCCCCCCCCCCCCGGGACAGAGCUGCCCUUUCUGCCUCUGCCCUUGAAAAUGAGCUGGAGGGAGGGUGAGGCCCGGCCCUCAUGGCCAGCCGACACCCCUCUUCCUCUUCUUGUUAAACUCUGUCCUGCAUUGAUUUUUUUUUAAAAUAGAUUUUUUUUAUAGCAGCCCAAGGAAUGUAAAGAAACCCAUACAGGGGGCACAUGGCCCUCCACUGCCACUCGAGGUGCUUGAGAAAGGGGGGGCGGUGGAGACAUUCCUUUCCGGGCCCCCCUUUUGCCUGCAUACUUCACAUGGACUGCCCCCUUGAACCUUAAAGGGGGGCGUGCGCCGACAUGCCAAUAAAAACGUUUACAAACUCAUUUCUUGGCUUUGCACUUGGCCACUGAAGAUCCGGGCCCCGGGCGUCUUCACCCCACCCUCCAUCUGGGUGAGGUCACCGCCCGCCGCCCUGGGGUUCUGCUGGCUGGCCCGGUCCAGAGCCGCCCUUUACACACACUCCGACCUUGCUCAAGGAGCGCCCGAGAAGCUUCUGGGAAUCGUGUCCAAAGUGCAGAUUCUGGGCCAGGGCUGUGAUUUGCCAGCGCAGCUGUGGGGCUCAGGGUCUCUUUGGCUCAAGGCCCGCAGAUAUUUGCUGAGGGCAGCUUGGCCAUUGGGGACAUGAAAAAAUCCUUGCGGUAGGGACAAGCCAAAAAGCUGGGGGUGGGGGGCAGGGGAGCCGGGCUGUCGCGGCUGUGAUUGGGCAGGCCCCACCAGUGCCCAUCAGAUGACCAAGCGCAGCCUUGAAGAAGGCAGGAGAAAAGGGAAUUCGUGGAGCCGAUGGCCAGCCUGUCUCCGCCUAAGUUUCUGGCCUGGGUUUCUUCCUUUUUUCCCUUGUAACUAAAGGACAGGCUUUCCCGCCCCCCCCCCCCACCCGGGAGUGUCACGCCUUGAGCUACUUUGGUUCACAGCCAGGGGUGUGGAAGGAAGACAAAGUGUGGACCCCGGGGGAGGGACAGACUUGGCUGGGCAGUCUCGGUGUUGGAUGCUUGGCUGGGUUGCAAAUGGGGGCUGCCCUGGCUGCCGCCCAUGGAGAAGAGGGACCUGGGUCCGAGACCGAUGGGGUGGCAGGAAGGUGGAAGAGCAGAGGUGGGGAGAAACACCUGGAAAGACAGGAGCUCCUGCAGCUCUGUCCCCCCCACCCCUCCUGUCCUCCUAGGCCCCAGCAGUGGGGAGCAGCGAGGCCUCCCCCAGGGGCUGACAGAUCCCUGGGGUAAUCUGAGCCACUUGGGAACUGAAGAAAGUUUCAGAUGGAAUUUACGGGGUCCCCCAAUGCAGCCGGUGGGGUUAUAAUUUCAAGCCAAACCAGAUUUUCAGGGAGGAAACUGUUGGAAUGUAUAGGGUUAAAAGCUCAGUCUCUCCUGGCCCCUCACUGGGAAGCUGGGAAGGGAAGUUUUGAACUGAGAGGACAACGGAAGAAGUGCCCUGGGAACCAGGCUCCGGACCUUGGGCCAUAAGGGAACCAACAGAUUGCUCUGAGACAGGGCCUUAAAGCCCAUCUGUGACCGUUAAAAGCUGAUACAAAUUCUAAAUGUGAAAAAACGCAGACUGGGCCUACCUGGUGGCGCAGGACUUAAAGACAGAGCGCUAUCAAGCUAUUGCCAGCCACUGCAGCGCGAGUUCAAUCCCCAGCCAGGGAGCUACCCACAUGGCGCAGCAGACCUCUCCUGACUCGCCCGCUGCUCCCCUCAGCAGUGGAUUUCAGCCAGUCUGGCUGUUCUGCUGCCCACUCUGUCUCUGGUGAAUCCUCUCCGCCCCUCCCCCCCACCUCUAGCUUGUACCCCAGUUCUUGUAUGCAUAAAUAAAUCUUUAAAAAAAAAAUUCGGACUAAUCACUGCCAAGACUUUAUUAGUCAGGGCCUGUGUCUUCAACCUGAGAGCCUACAAACUCAGUGUGAGAAAGAGCCAAACUUUUCUUUUGGUAGCCAAACACUUUUUUUUCAUCUUGCCCCUGCUUCUCUGCAGCAAUUCAAUAAACCUGCCUUUUCUGCCUUCUGUACUGUCGCUGGUGAAUUCUUUCACCCCUCAACCUCACAUCCCUUCUCGGCCCUUAAUUUCUCUCCCACCGCAGAAGCCCGCGAAAAAACACAAGUUUUGACUCCAAACAGCCUUCAUCUGGACUGGCCCAGCUGUCCCUCACCAUCACCGACUUAGAAAACAGCAAAACACAAGGAGGGGAGAGACAGCGCCUCACCAUAGAGGGGACUUCCUGGGCCCCCACCCCAAGCCCCAGGUGGUGUUUCAGGAAAAGAGGAAACUUGGGGGCACAGUGUGAGCAGGGACAGGAAUGGGCGGCCCGGCUCACCCCUGCACUGACACUGAGGCUGUGUGACCUUGGGCUGCUUGCUUCACCUCUCUGGGCCUCCACUUACUCACGCGUGCUGGGUCCUAACAGAACUUUCCUCCCAGGAUGGCUGAGAGGAUUGAAGGCCAUUUGUGCUCAAACCAGCCCCAGGAGACGGCUUCUCCUCUCCUUCCUGGCCCAUGUCAGCGGUGGCCAAGUCUUUAAAGACAUCUCAGCCCUGUCUGGGCCCCCAGAUGCCCUGGAAGCUUUGAAGCACUCCCUGGCCAGCCCGUGCUCUGGGGAGUGUCAGUGACAGGUCUGCCCAGGGCACCCCUAUUCCUACAGCUUCCCAGAUGAAUUCAGUGUGUCCCCUCCCUUCCGGGCAGUGAGAGCUGCUACCCGAGGGCCCACAACAGGGCUUCUCAAACUAGUUGUGCGUUAGAAUCAUCUGGGAGGCUUUUAAAACCAGCGCCCAGGGGAUCCAAGCCCAGGGGAUCCAAGCCCAGGGGAUCCAGCAGGCCUGGGGUGGGGGCGAGUCACACUGUGUUUCUAUCAAGUUCCUAGGAGGUGCUAAUAUCGCUGACCCCAGGACCUCACCAGCUGGACCCCUGCCCUACAGAAUUGUUCCCAUUCCACAGCCCGGCGUUGAGGGACCAGGGGAAGUUUUGGCACCCUAAGGUGCUGGGCGGGUGCAGAGCACCCUGAGCGCGAGGGAAGCACCUUCGCCU